CGCGACGUUGGGGAAUUCAAAAGAAUCGACCUGCCAUGAAUUACGACAAACUCAGCAGAUCGCUGCGCUACUACUAUGAAAAAGGCAUCAUGCAAAAGGUGGCCGGUGAGAGAUACGUAUACAAGUUUGUCUGUGACCCCGAGGCUCUGUUCUCCAUGGCCUUCCCUGACAAUCAGCGUCCCGUGCUGAAAACCGACCUGGAGCGACAGAUCAAUGAGGAGGACACUGUCCCGCUGUCGCACUUUGACGAAAACAUGGCCUACAUUCAAGAGGGAGGAUACUGUAACCCACACCCAUACAAUGAGGCCUACGUCUACUAAAAAAACAGUCAUUCCCCAGGACAAAAGACAGCACUUUAUGGACAGAUGGCAGUGUGUAAACCUACAAACGUACUGGUGUAGUUGCGUUAGAUGCUCCUUUGGUGUUUUAUUUUUGGUUUGUUUUGUUUUGGUUGUUGCUAUUGAAGGGGAUUGGGCGAUUCAGCAUGCCGUUUUCCUACAGCGAAAGACUCUCAAAAUGGACAGAGGAUUCGAACUACUUAAACGGAGAAAUCCUAACCUCUUUUACCAUCAGAACUCUUCGGAUUGUUUGUGGAGCGCUUUAUUUUUACAAAUUUGUUGUGUUUUUUUCACCUCUUUCCUCCCUUGGUGUCAAUUUAAGUAAAGAAUACAGUGUAUGGAAAUAAAUUCUCUCAAACGCAGAGUAAAAUGAGCACAUUAGUGACCCUGGAUCACAAAACCAGUCUUAUGUGGCACAGGUAUUGACCUUAUUCUUGAUGUACGAGCAGGCGCAGGAGAUUUUGUCUCAUUCACUUCCAUUGAAUUUGAUGUUAAAAACAGCUUGAUAUGCUGCUUGAUGUUGCAAACUGACAUUUUAUUAUUAUAUUAUUCUACCUUUUAUGUAUAGUCAUGAACACAUUUGUAACGUGUGCACAUCUGCAUUGCAGAAUAAGAUCAAUACCAGUGUUGCCAGAUGUAGCUAACUGAUUCCAGCCCAAAAGCUAUCCAAAACCCACCGAAAUGCAAAAAUAACCGCCCAGAAAUCUAGAGGCCGUUGCAAAACCGCUCAAAUUUGUUAUACCUGCCUAUGUCAUUUUUUUCCCCGCACAAUCAUAUUCAAAACCACCCAAUCUGGCAACAUUGAUCAAUACAGUAGUCGAUAUGUGAAGGGGUUCAAAGUUUUUAUUAAACUUGUCCUGAAACUAUCGAACAACAACCAUUCUUGUCUCAAGACAAUUUAGAAAAAUGUUUUUGAUCCAUUUCAAAUGUUGACUACUAUAUUUUUGACAAUAACCCAAGUACCCUGUACUCAUUUCUAAAUGAUAGAUUUUUAGUUUAUGCCAAAAUGAUUAGAAUAUUAAGUAAAAAUAAUAUUCCGUGAAGAUGUUUAGUAAAUUUCCAAAAGCAGUUAUCUCCAU